GUCCCUUGCGGGCCUGACCUCCUGCCGAGCGGCCUCGGGCUUCUUGGCUCAGGUGGCCAUAACCCACCCACUGACCCGCUCCUCCUCGCGGCUCAGGCCCAGCACCCCCUGCCUCCCCACCCCCGCCCUGGGAAAGCGGUCACUCCGGGUUUGGCGCCGUCCCUGCCGGUCCCCCACACUGCGGAGCCCCAGUGGCCCCGGGGAAACGGUGCCCUUCUUCCUCCACCAGGCAGGCCACUCGGGUUAGGCUCGGAGCCAGUUAGUCGGGGACCAGUGCUCUAAAGUUUACGGUGUGGGGGUGUGAGUGGUCCCUGGACACUGAGGAAUCCCCAAAGCUCCCUCCCUCCCAUCCUUCUCCCACCCGCCCCGCGGAGAGAUUGUGGCCGCCGGGACCCUGGUCUUCCCUGCCCAGGCCGCAGUGGGUGCACCGGAUUACCGGACCCCGCCCUGCGCGCCGGCCAGGUCAAAGCCACCGGAUCCCAGAGCUCGAGGAGAGUCAGGAGGGUCACCCGCGUGCCCCGCCCGGGAGGACAGCGACCUUUCCGCUCCGGCUGUCCCGUGGCCUCGGCACCUGUCGGUCACUCGGCUGUCCCGUGGCCUCGGCACCUGGCGGUCACUGCGUCCCAGAGCCAGCGCCCCUGACCAUCGGGGCCAGGGAAGGCCAUGGUGUCCCUGCCUGGACUCCCUGCCAGCAGCCUGCUGCAGGUUUUGUUCCUGGGGCUGAGUACCUUCGCACCCGCCUCCUGCGCCCAGUUCCAGCUGCACGUGCCCUCGGGCCUCGACAGGGUCCUCGCGGUGGAGGGAGACGAGGUGGUGCUGCCGGCGUGGUACACCUUCCAGGGGGAGGCGGCCUCGGCCCAGCCCUGGGAGACGCUCACCCUGAUGUGGUUCCUGGAGCAGGAAGGGCAGGAUCUGAAGCAGGUGUUGGCACACAUCAAUGGGGCCACAACAAGCCAAGAUGGAGUGUCCCUGGUCUACCCCAGGCCCUCCCGGAAUGUGUCCCUGCGGCUGCAGGGCCUCCGGGAGAAAGAUUCCGGGUCCUACCGCUGCUCUGUGAACGUGCAAGACAAGCAAGGCACAAGCAGGGGCCACGACAGCAAAACUUUAAAACUUGACGUGUGGGUUCCUCCAGCUCCUCCAUCCUGCCAUCUUCUGGGUGCACCCCGUGUGGGGACCAAUGUGACCCUGAGCUGCAAGUCCCCAAGGAGUAAGCCCGCUGCCCUGUACCAGUGGGAGCGGUUACAACCAUCUGUUGAGGUUUUCUUUGCACCAGUUUUAGAUGCCAUCUCUGGCCUUUUAAGCCUCCGAAACCUUUCCAGUUCUAUGUCUGGAGUCUAUAUCUGCAAGGCCUCCAACAGGGUGGGCAGCGCCAGCUGCAACGUGACCCUGGAAGUGAGCACAGGGCCUGGGGCUGCAGUGGUUGCUGGAGCUGUUGUGGGCACCCUGGUUGGAUUGGGGCUGCUAGCUGGACUGGUCCUCUUGUACCAACGCCAGGGCAAGGUCCCAGAGGAGGUGGCCAAUGAUAUCAAGGAAGAUGCCACUGCUCCUCGGACCCUGCCCUGGCCGAAGGGCUCAGACACAAUCUCCAAGAAUGGGACCCUUUCCUCUGUCACCUCGUCACCAGCCCUCAGACCGCCCCACGGCCCUUCCAGGCUGGGUGCAUCGACCCCCACACGCAGCCUUGGUUGGGUCUCACCCUCUGCUCUGAGUCGCAAGGGUGCUGUCCCCGUGAUGGUGCCCGCCCAGAAUCAGGCUGGGUCUCUGGUGUGAGGGCCCAGCCAUUUGUGGGCAGAGCCAUCUGGUGUCUCUCCUUCCUACAGUAAUUACUAUGGGGGUUACCCCAGCAUAAAGGCCUGAGUCUGGGGGGGUUGGCCCCCUCUAGAUCUCCAGUCCUUUGCACCCAUCCUUCUUUACUAUGGGAAAACUGGGUCUUAGUUAAGACUCAAACUUCCAGGAGGUAGAAGAAGAAGAGGAAAUGGACCUGGGGUUGGGAAGAGCCUGUACCUCCUCCUGGGGCCACCCUAAUACAGCAGAGGAAUGCUGCUGAGAUGGGCUACCUCCUACCCCCCAGCCCUGGUGGAGACUGCCAGUCAAUGAGUCCUCCCGGGCCCCUUGACCUCUAUCCCCCUGCCCCCCCAUCUAACACCACCCUUCACUCCCACUCCAGCUCCCUGCAUUAAUAUACCCUGUCCUGCUGGCUUGGUUGGGUUUUGUUGGGGCAGGGGACAGGGAAGAUAUUUGUUAAACUAACUUGAAAUGCGUGUUUUAAGAUGUGUGUUUUUAUUUUUAUUUUACAAACUUCAAUAAAGAUAUAUUGUGUUUGUAUGGAA